AUGGGGCCCAGCAGAAGGGCGGAGCCUGCGGCAGGCUGGUUUCGAGCAGCUUCCCGCCGACUUGCGGGAAGGCCUCAGCGAGUCAUCGGAGCCAUUGGUGCCAUCGUCUGGAGCACUGGAGCUUGCUACGGCCUUCCCUCCUCGAUUCCACGCGCUUGCCGGCGUGCAUCGGUCUUCUCUUUGGUCCUGGCCUCUGGAGGCCAGGCACAGGCCGUGCUUCCCCAGCUCCCGCCCUCCGGCAGUCGUGUGCUUGACCUCGGUGGCCUUCUACCUGCAUCACUGGAGCAGGACCUCGAUAAAGCCAUAGAGUCACUGGAGCGUGAUACGCCGUAUCGAUUCCGUCUGGUGUGUCCUCCUCCUGGUUAUGGCCCUCAGGAUCGGGCGACAUGGUCUGAUUUUGUGAAACAGGUGGGACAGUACUUUGCGCAAGAAGCUCAAUGGGAUCCUGCCAACGCCGUUGUAUUGCUGGUCUCUCCAAGAACCUCUGCCGGGCGCACGGCAAACCCGCUGAAUUUUUCCGUUGCCACCAAGCUUACCCAACGUCUACAGUAUCGGAUUGCAUCUGACACCUUUACCAAAAUAUCGAACAAGUAUGGGGACCGAGAUUUUGUGAUGCAAACAGGGGAGGGAGAAGCUGCUGCACUUGCCGCCUUCAAUGCAAUCGCUUGCCUCCGCAAAGGGGUCUGCAUGCAGCCGCUGCCCGAUGACGAAGCUCGCGCAGUUGCUUUUGGAAGCAAGGCAGCGGUCAGCACCGCAGACGCCCUGGAGGCUGCUGGUAUUCGAUGA